CCUCAUUUGAUGUCAAUCAGGAGUGCAAAAUUGGUUUUGUCUUGUGUUUACACCGGCUAACAUCACGAUUCCCUUUGUACUUGAAUAUAUUAACAACAUUUGUACAACAUCAAGUUCAUUAUGAGGUUUGAAGUUGUGGCAUUUCUUAAGUUUGGAUUCUUUGCUUCUGCACUGUUGCUGUCAACGGAUUUACUAUACAGUUGGUACUUGCGGCAGAAGAAUCGUACUCCGCGAUUGAAUGAGGUGAAUUUUGUGAUGAGCAAUGCAUUGCCGUGCUGCCCGCAUACAGCUGAUGUUGAAGUAAUCAAGAAAUGCCGCAAUCCACAUUGCAAGGCAAAGCUCUCUCGCAAAAUCAUCGAGCAAAUUGAUUCGGCUAAACAUCUCAUUUGCAUUGCUAUGUACAUGUUCACAAUGAGGCACAUGGCCGAUGCAAUAAUGAAUGCAAAGAAACGUGGUGUUCAUAUUCGCAUAAUUACGGAUUUCUCCAUGACCAACGAUCACUCGCAAAUUAAUAAACUCCAAGGAGACGGUAUCGCAAUACGAAUUGCAGGCAACGGUGAUUUAUAUAUGCAUAACAAGUAUUGCUUGAUCGAUGUUCUGACUGGCGAAACCAAAUUCAAAGAAAAUACUCAUCCAUUGAACGGUGUACUCAUCAACGGCUCCAUGAACUGGACAACUAAUGGUUUCGAACGAAAUUGGGAGAAUAUCAUUUUCACAUCUGACGACCAUUUGAAAUCCGAAUUCAAAAGAUCAUUUGAUUAUAUUUGGUCCCGUUGUGCAUGAGGAACUGAUGUGAUUCCAAAAUAAAGUUAGAUUAGAUUACCAUAUUUUUUGAAAACAUAUAAUUGCAUCUCUUCUAGAUAGAAUAGAUACGAUAUUGCUAUACUUAAACUCUCAAUUUUUUUCUGCAAUUUUACAUAUUUCAGAAUUUCCAAUUGAUUUGUUAGCCAAAAAUUAUGCACUAUCGUUUUCUUUAAUUUUAUAACUAUAAAAUAACAAAGAAGAAAUGCUUGCUAUUAAAAUCGAAAUUUCAAUUUAAAAAAAA